UUCUCUACUGGUCACCAUAGAAGCUGAAAUCCACGAACACCCAUUGACGCUGCUACGGAACUCAAUCUCGUUCUCUUGUUAUGCGUGCAAGAGGGAGGGCAAUGGCUUUCUUACUUCUGUGCUACGUGUCAUAUCAUGAUCCACCCAGAAUGUGGUGUUCCUUUACCAUUGACUGUCAAAGUCAUACGUCACGAACACCCUCUCAAACUGACCUCCUCCGUUCAGGUCAAUCAAUCCCACCAUCGGAUUUGCCAGCUCUGUGUGAAAGUGGUCGACACCUACAGGUUCUAUUAUUGCUCAAUUUGCGAUUUCGCUGCCCACCAAGAUUGUGCUACGAACGAGGACGACAAGGAUGAAACAUUUGAGUUCCCAGAAAAUAAGCACAAGGCAGCUAUUGAUGUACCGACUGCUGCGCUUAAAGAGGAAGAUUUCAGUAUUGAUAAAUCUAUAUCCAUUGAUCCGUUACAGACUCAUCCCCCCAAAAUCCCUUUUAAAAGAGAAAAUUCGAGGUUUGAUGAUCAGUUACCAAAAAUCCCUUUCAAAAGUGAAAAUCCGAGGUUUGAUGAUCAGUACCCAAAAAUCCCUUUCAAAAGUGAAAAUCCGAGGUUUGAUGAAUCGAUUAACUCAGUAAGUUAUGUUGCCAUCGAGAAGAAGAUGAUUGAGGAAAGUUAUGUUGCCAUCGAGAAGAAGAUGAUUGAGGACAGUAUUGACAUAGACGUGGAAAUCAAGCAUUUCAGUCAUGAGCAUAGCUUAAAGCUUACAAAUGAGCUUCUUCUGACAGACGAAAAAUGUGAUGGGUGUAUACAAUGUAUACAACCUCCAUUUUACAGCUGUCCUCAAUGUCCAUUUUUUCUUCAUGAAUCUUGUAUUAAAUUGCCCAGAAAAAAACGGCAAUUGCUUCACCGACACCAACUCACCCUCCUUCCAAAGGCACCUUAUAAAGGUGGCUUGUUUCUAUGCCGUGCUUGUGAUCGUAUUUGCAAUGGAUUCACCUACAAUUGUGAUAAAUGCAGGUUCAACCUUGAUGUGCAAUGUAGUCUGAUCCCAAAUAAAUUUACCCAUGAAGUUCACGUGCAUCCGCUUACUUAUUCGAGUGCCCCAUGCAAGGAGAAGUGUAGUUGUUGUGAUUCUGAAGGAAAAGUCUUCAGAUGUGCUGAUUGUGAAUUUACUCUCGACGUCAAAUGCGCCACGCUACCCCGCAAUGUAAGGUACCGACCCUUUGAUCAACCCUUCAAACUCUGUUAUUCUGCCGAAGAUAACUCUGGUGAAUACUACUGUGACAUCUGUGAAAAAAGACGAGACCACGAGCACUGGUUCUAUCAUUGUUCAGAUCUCCAAUUUCCUGCUCAUCCCAGAUGCAUUCUUGGGGCAUUCCCGAAUAUCAAGUUUGGGAGGACUAUCACAUCCUCUGGGCAUUCGCAUCCUCUCACUUUGGUUCAUUCGUCCAAAGACCACACUCAAUGCUGCAAGGGAUGCAAGGGCCGUAUUUCUGAGAUAUUGAGUUUUGAAUGUGCCGAGUGUAAUUUCAAUUUUCACGUUAGUUGCUUGGAGGGAUUAGAUGAUAUAUAUAUUGGCCACCCGCUGUACCCCCACUCCAGAAUAAUUGGAGAUUAUUCCUAUGAUUCCUAUUAUCAAUAAUGAGAGAGAUCUCCUCACUAAUGCAAUCAUUUAGAAAUCAAUUAUUUAUA